UCAUGGGAUCCUUUCUAUUUCCCAAUAAACAAAGAUUAAGCGAAGGAAAACCCUUGGAACGAUGCACAAGAGCAGCUGCGUGACGUCAACAGCGUCACAUGGCUAUCAGUGAGAUUGCAUAUAAAGCGAAACCAAACUGCAUUCGUUGUCAGUUGCCAUUGCAUCAGCACAAGGAACCGGUGCACAAGAGACUCUCCUUUCUUUCAGUAUGAAGGUGACACUGAUCCUGGUCCUGGUGGCCGUCGUCGGCCUCUCCUCCGCCUACUCCCUCGGCGAUGUCUACGAGAAGCUCCAUCGUGUCGAGAGGGAUAUGAGCUCAGGAAUGAGCGGAAGCACGUCCGUGGAGAGGAUAGAGAAAAGAGACAUCAGCACAGGGAGCAACAGCAACAGCGUGUCUUUGGAGAGAAUAGAGAAAAGAGACAUCGCUGCCUCUCACGACUUGGAUCUGAGGCGCCUCAGGAGACAAGCCUCCAGCUCCGAGAGUGAGAGCUCUGAGGAAUCCUCUGAGGAAUGGACAACUGCCGCUCCUUGAAGGACUCAUGUGACGGCGCUGACCUUUGGCGAACGACCUGACCUCCAUUUGGCUCUGCUGAUUUAAAUCAAGAUAUUUCGAAUAAUGUUUUUUUUAUCAGUUUUCAGUAAGAUUCAGUAUUGGAAAGAUGAAAUUUUCGGCUUUGAUAAAGACAAUAAUCUGCAUUUUGUGUAACCAAAAGUAAUAAAGUGAUUGUUAAG